AUGGAUGAUAAAGAUGAAGACCCAUUAGUACUCAAGAACUUGGCAGUUAAUUUUGAUUAUUUGAUGUACAAGAUUAAUGAUCACAUAUCUAAUUUGUCGGAGAAAGCACAUAACGCAGUCAGUGCUAAACAAGAUUUUGUUAACGAAGAAUACCUACAAAAGCAACUCAAUCUAGAAAAGGAACUUAAUGAAAUAGAUAUAAUAUUAAACAAAUGUAAUGAAUUAGAGCUUGACUUCAUGAAAUUAGAUCAAUUGUAUCUGUUUGUUGAAGAUUUUAAAUUAAGAUUAGACUCACUUGAGCACGGCUUUAAAGAAGUAAGUAAAUAG